CUCUCUCUAUCCCCUUCUCGCAUUCAACUUCCUCUUCAAACCAAAGAAAACGGCCGCAGCGCAGACCACCCGCGUGAAAAUGUCCGGCAACGCCACAAGCGAGCAGCUCCCGGCUGUCCCCUCAGACAUUACUGCCGAAUGGCUUGGCGCCAAGCUCGGCCAGAAGAUCAAGUCCAUUGAAAACACCCACAACAUCUGGGGAACCGGCAGCAAGCUGUUCUACACCAUCACGUACGAGGAUGAGAGCAGCAGCAAGCCGAGACCGUCCCACGUCUGCAUCAAGGGCGUCUUCGACCCCAAGAUGAUUGAGGACCAGCCGUGGACCGUCAGUCUGGCACAGCGAGAGUCCGACUUCUUCUCAAAGAUUGCCCCUGGUCUGGAGAACAUGCUGUUCCCCAAGGGCUGGUGGAGCGGCCAGAGCGAGAAGCAGGGAAUCGCCAUCAUGGACGACCUGACCAAGGACGGCGUCGCAUUCCCCCCCGAGGUCGCCUCAUACUCGGUCGACCAGGUCAUGAACGGUGUCCAGCAGCUGGCUGGCCUGCACGCAAAGUACUGGGGCAAGAGUCAAGACGACCACCCUUGGAUCUGGAACAACUACGACCCGGCAAUGAAGUUCAUGUGCACGCCGUGGGACGAUGUGGUGCGACAGCCAGGCCGGCCCCAGCUGCCCGAGUACCUCAUGGACGGUACGCGGUGCAACGAGGCCCUGGAUCGCUACUACGCCGAGCGAAACCCGCGGUUCCGGACGUUGCUGCACGGCGACACGCACAUGGGCAACGUGUACGUGACAUCCGACGGCCGCAUCGGGUUCCUGGACUGGUCGGCCUUCCACUUCGGCUCGUGCUUCCACGACGUCGUCUACCACAUGACGGCGAUGCUGACUGUCGAGGACCGCCGCGCCCACGAGAUGAAGAUCCUGGACCACUACCUCGAGACGCUGCACCGCCUCGGUGGACCCAAGUUCGACCGCCACAACGACCCGGAGGUCAUGACCGAGUACAAGCGCUCCUUCAUGACCAACGUGAUCUGGAUCAUCUGCCCCGAGACGCUGCAGAGCAGAGAGCGCAUUGCCGUGCUGUGUGAGCGCACCGUGGCCGCCUACAACGACCACAAGGUCAUUGAUGUGAUCCUGGACGCGCCCAAGCCGGCUGCUGCUGCCUGAGUCUGAGACGCAGGGGGGGAGGCUGGAAAUCGUUAACCGAACUCCAUUCGGUUCGGUGGUGUUAUAAUGUUAUCACGAGUAGUGCUAUUUAGUACUAGCAUUACAAGGAAUCUAUAUACAUACAUACCUACUGUACAGUAGCAUAUCUACAAGUACCUACAAGUAGUCUAUAUCCAUACCCGAAUAAACAAUGCAGUA